GACUCCCUCCAGUUGUCGGGUACGAUCCCCCAAUUCUCAAGUCAUCAUCUUCUCCAAAUUCAGUCUAUUUUAUUUAUCAAUUAAGUGAUCAAUUUAAUUUCUCAUACAAUUGCGCUCGAUCGGCAAAACCAAUCAAAAACCCCAAUCCUUUUUUCUGCCCUAUUUUGAUUGAUCCCAUAUCCGAUUGUUGGAUUCUGAGUUGGUUAUUUUAGAGGGAGCUGGUGUAGUAUUAUGGCAACCUCCGGCGACGAUGAAAACGACACCGUAUUGAGCGAUGUGGAGGCCGAUGAUCCAGUCCCUAUUGUAAUUCAGAACCCUGACGAUGUGUCCGUCGAGAAGUUUAAGGAAAUUCUGGCGGAGCUCGAUCGUGAGAGAGCUGCCCGUGAGGCGGCUGAGAAUGCGAAAAAUGAUAUGCAAGUUUCGUUCAAUAGGCUUAAAGCGCUGUGUCACGAGGCGAUCAAGAAACGGGAUGAGAGUUCGCGGCAGCGGGAUGAGGCGUUGCGCGACAAGGAGGAAGCUCUGAAGAACUUGGAGAGGGUCGGUGGGGAUUUGAGUGAGGAGGUUAAGUUAAAAGAAGAGAUAAGCAGGCAAAAAGAUGAGGUUUCGUUGCAGCUGGAGGAGGCGGGCAAGGCGAGGGAUUCGAUGCGGGUGGAAAUGGAGAAAGGAUCAUCGAUGCUGGUCAGUGGGAUUGAGAAGAUAUCCAGGAAAGUGAGUAGCUACAAGGACUUUGGAGCAAACGGUUUGCCAAAGUCUAAUAAGUACUCGGGAUUGCCAGCAGUUGCCUAUGGUGUGAUUAAAAGGACCAAUGAGAUUGUGGAGGAGCUUCUGAGACAGGUUGAGUCGAGUAUCAAGGGGAGGAAUGAGGCCCGGGAGUUGGUUGAACAGAGGAAUUAUGAGAUUGCCAUUGAGGUUUCUCAACUUGAGGCAGCUAUUAGUGGGUUAAGGGAAGAUGUGGCAAAGAAAAGUGAGGAGAUCGAGACUCUGAAAAAGUCCCUACUUGAGAAGGAUGGAAAAGUUGCAGAAUUAGAGAGAGAGUCUGCGGAAAAACAGGAAGAGAUGGAAGGUGAACUUUCAAGGUUGAGGCUAUUAAUUUCUGACUAUGAGUCGAAGAUGGAGAUGCAAAGGCCUUUGCUGAUUGAUCAACUGAAUUAUGUAACAAGACUGCAUGAAGAAAUGUGCAAAGCUAUGGAGAUUGUUGAUGCUAACAAAUCCUCAGAAUUGUCAGAGUCCUUGUUCCUUGCUCAAGAAACAAAUCUGGAGGAAAAUAUAAGGGCAUCUUUAGAGGGGAUGGAAUCUGUGUAUGAGUUGAGUAAAAUUGUUGUUGAGAAAACCAAGGACCAGGUGGAGGAGAGAACUUGUGAGGUGAAAAAACUAAAUGAAACUGUUUCACAGCUGAUAAAUGAGAAAGAGCAUAUUGGGUCUCUAUUGAGAAGUACUUUGACUCAGAGGAUGUCGGUGGAUAUGUCCUCCAAAACCAACAAAUUAUUUAAAGUAGCAGAAAAUGGUUUAAAAGAGGCUGGGAUCGACUAUAAGUUCAGCAAAUUUGAUGCAUCCAAAGGUAAAGCGGGUCCUGAUGACACAGACGACAAUGAAGUUUAUGCUCUGGCCAGUGCACUGGAGAACAUAAUCAAGCAGUCUCAGAUUGAGAUCAUAGAGCUAAAACAUUCAGUGGAGGAACUGAGGGCAGAGUCAAAUUCAUAUAAGGAGUGUGUUGAUGCCCAAGCUAAGGAACUGAUUCAGUGGAAGCAACGUGUAGAAGAGCUUGAAGAGAAAGAAAGAGUGGCUAAUGAAAAUGUUGAGGGGCUUAUGAUGGAUAUUGCUGGAGCUGAAGAAGAAAUCAUGAGAUGGAAGGUAGCAGCACAACAAGAAGCGGAUGCAGGAAAAGCAGUUGAACAAGAGUAUAUAUCACAACUGGCAUCGGUGCACCAGGAACUUGAAGAAGCUAGGCAAGCUGUAAUAGAGUCAAAGAAAAAGCUUAAAUUUAAAGAAGAAACUGCAGAAGCCGCAAUGGCAGCAAGAGAUGCUGCUGAAAAGUCAUUGAGAUUGGCAGAUACAAGGGCGUCCAGGCUGAGAGAUCGUGUGGAAGAGCUCACUCGUCAACUUGAUGAACUUGAUACGCGGGAAGCCUCAAGAACCACCAGUCUGAAUAGGCCGAGAUAUGUUUGCUGGCCAUGGCAAUGGCUUGGCUUGGAUUACGUAGGAUCCCAUCGGUCUGAACCGCCGGAACAAACUGCCAACGAAAUGGAACUUUCUGAACCUCUUAUUUGAUUGUUUUUUGCUUGCGACCUUUCUUGUUUACUUCUUUGUUAUUAUCGAGUAUUGAACGACGGAAAAUAUAUACUCCACUGUUAGUUGAUAGCAAAACUUAAUCUGGCAAAGUUGUUUGAAAUCAGAUGUACAUUAUGCUUACUAUUCUUUCUUAGUAUUUAAUUGUUGAAGGAUAAGCUUAACCAA